AUGACUAUGGCAAAGGGUGGCAACAAUAAUCAUCAACAACAAUCAUUUGAAGUUUCUGUUGAUGCUGCUGAUUCCAAGUUCUUUGAUGAUGAUGGUCAUUCAAAACGAUCAGGAAACAAAUGGACAGCAAGUGCACACAUAAUAACAGCGGUUAUUGGCUCUGGAGUGCUGUCGUUGGCAUGGGCUAUAGCGCAACUUGGAUGGAUUGCUGGCCCGUCGAUGAUGCUUCUAUUCUCAUUUGUUACUUACUACACCUCCACUCUUUUAUCUGCUUGUUACCGUACCGGUGAUCAACUCAAUGGGAAAAGAAACUAUACUUACACUGAUGCUGUUAGAGCAUAUCUCGGUGGUUUUAAGGUUAAAAUUUGUGGAUUGGUUCAAUAUGUUAAUCUUUUCGGUGUUGCCAUUGGAUAUACUAUAGCAGCUUCUAUAAGCAUGAUGGCAAUUAAAAGGUCUAACUGUUUUCAUAGCAGUGGAGGGAAAAAUCCAUGCCAUAUGAAUGGAAAUCUUUACAUGAUUUCAUUCGGUAUUGUGGAGAUAUUUUUCUCGCAAAUUCCAGACUUUGAUCAGUUAUGGUGGCUCUCUACUUUAGCUGCUGUCAUGUCCUUUACCUACUCUACUAUUGGACUUGGCCUUGGUGUUGGCAAAGUUAUAGAAAACAAGGGUAUUAAAGGAAGCUUAACUGGUAUAACCGUUGGUACUGUCACACAAACCCAAAAAGUUUGGAGGAGUUUCCAAGCUCUUGGUAACAUAGCUUUUGCAUACUCCUACUCAAUGAUCCUCAUUGAAAUUCAGGACACAAUCAAAUCCCCUCCAUCAGAAUCAAAAACAAUGAAGGCAGCUACUUUAAUCAGUGUUAUAGUCACAACAAUUUUCUACAUGUUGUGUGGUUGUUUCGGAUACGCUGCUUUCGGAGACUUGAGUCCCGGAAACCUACUAACUGGUUUAUUGUCAGCCUAUUUACUCCGCAGUGGAGAAAACCGCAGCCAAAAGAUUUCCGGAUAG